CUAGAGCCUACCGCGUAGCCGCGGAACGCGCGGGACCGGAUGUGACGUCACCGUGGAGGAAGCAGGGAAAGGCGGAGCGUGGCGUGGUGACGUAUUUCCAAGAUGGCGGAGAGAGAGUGAAGAAACUGUUCCCCCUCGGGUUUCUAUAGAACAAGGAUAGAAUUCGAUUCCGAUAUCAAAAUGCAGUAUUCGCACCACUGUGAGCACCUUUUAGAGAGACUGAACAAACAACGGGAAGCAGGUUUCCUUUGUGACUGCACCAUAGUGAUUGGGGAAUUCCAGUUUAAAGCUCACAGGAAUGUGCUUGCAUCGUUUAGUGAAUAUUUUGGUGCAAUCUACAGGAGCACUUCUGAGAACAAUGUCUUUCUUGAUCAGAGUCAGGUGAAAGCUGAUGGAUUUCAGAAACUGUUGGAGUUUAUAUACACAGGAACUUUGAAUCUUGACAGUUGGAAUGUUAAAGAAAUCCAUCAGGCUGCUGACUAUCUCAAAGUGGAAGAGGUGGUCACUAAAUGUAAAAUAAAGAUGGAAGAUUUUGCUUUUAUUGCUAAUCCCUCUUCUACAGAGAUAUCUAGUAUUACUGGAAACAUUGAAUUGAAUCAACAGACUUGUCUCCUGACCCUGCGAGAUUAUAACAGUCGGGAGAAAUCAGAGGUGUCUACAGAUUUAGUUCAGGCAAAUCCUAAACAAGGAGCUUUAGCAAAGAAGUCAUCUCAAACUAAAAAGAAGAAGAAGGCCUUCAAUUCCCAGAAAACAGGGCAGAAUAAAACAGUGCAAUAUCCCAGUGACAUUUUAGAGAAUGCGUCUGUUGAAUUAUUUCUUGAUGCAAAUAAGUUGUCCACACCUAUAAUAGAACAAGUUGCACAAAGAAGUAAUUCAGAACUUGAGUUGACAUCAGUUGUGGAAAAUACUUUCCCAGCACAAGAUAUUGUGCAGACUGUUACAGUGAAACGGAAACGUGGAAAAUCACAGCCAAACUGUGCUCUGAAAGAACACUCUAUGUCUAAUAUAGCCAGUGUCAAGAACUCUUAUGAACUGGAAAGCUCUGGGGAAGAGCUGGAUCAGAGGUAUUCCAAGGCCAAACCAAUGUGUAACACAUGUGGGAAAGUGUUCUCAGAAGCCAGCAGCUUGAGAAGGCACAUGAGAAUACAUAAAGGAGUCAAACCUUAUGUCUGCCACUUGUGUGGAAAGGCAUUUACCCAGUGUAACCAGCUGAAAACUCAUGUAAGAACUCAUACAGGUGAGAAGCCAUACAAAUGUGAAUUGUGUGAUAAAGGAUUUGCUCAGAAAUGCCAGCUAGUCUUCCAUAGUCGCAUGCAUCAUGGUGAGGAAAAACCCUAUAAAUGUGAUGUAUGCAAUUUACAAUUUGCAACUUCUAGCAAUCUCAAGAUUCAUGCAAGGAAGCAUAGUGGAGAGAAGCCAUAUGUCUGUGAUAGGUGUGGACAGCGAUUUGCCCAAGCCAGCACACUGACCUACCAUGUUCGAAGGCAUACAGGAGAAAAGCCUUAUGUGUGUGAUACCUGUGGGAAGGCAUUUGCUGUCUCUAGUUCUCUUAUCACUCAUUCUCGGAAACAUACAGGUGAAAAACCAUACAUAUGUGGUAUUUGUGGGAAAAGUUUUAUUUCCUCAGGAGAGCUCAACAAACACUUUCGAUCCCAUACAGGAGAAAGACCAUUUAUCUGCGAAUUAUGUGGAAAUUCUUACACAGAUAUUAAAAAUUUAAAGAAGCACAAAACAAAAGUACAUUCUGGUGCAGAUAAAAUUCUAGAUUCCAGUAUAGAAGAUCAUCCCUUGAGUGAACAAGACUCCAUACAAAAAAGUCCUCUGUCAGAAACUUUGGAUGUGAAACCUUCUGAUAUGACUUUACCACUAACUCUUCCACUUGGGACUGAGGACCAGCACCUGCUACUGCCUGUCACAGAUAACCAGUCUCCUACGUCAGAUACAUUGCUGAGGUCGACCGUGAACGGGUAUUCGGAACCACAGUUGAUUUUUUUACAACAGCUGUAUUGACUUUGUGAGGAAUAUGGAAUUGCUAAGACGUCUCUGGUAGUAAACAUAAACAUCUCUGGUAAGGUGCACAUAUUCACAUUAAAUUGACCAUUCAUUUGAGUUGUGACCAUUAUUUUCAUUCACUGAAGUAAAAGCACCUGCUGCUGCGUCAUGGCUGCAUUGCUUGUUUUGAUGUUUGGCUUUUAUGUCUAGGUUAUACACAGCUUUUAAAGGAGUGAAUUAUACUGCAGUAGCACUAUUUGGGGUGAAUAAGUAUAACUUUGCUUUAGAGUUGCCUUAAUUCCAUUUCUGUUUUUCAUUUCAGAAUUGACUUUCAUUUACUGAAGUGAAAUCUAUCAGUUUAUGAUUGAGUUUUGACCUGUAGAAUAUGUUUAUUUUCUUCUCAAAAUUUAAAUAAUCCAUAAUAGUAUCAGCCCAUGACAGUGCUGUUAGCAAGCUUCAUAGACCAGUAUAUAAACUAUGAAAGUCACUCAGUCAUGUCUGACUCUUAAGCAAAUUCUCCAGGCCAGAAUACUGCUUUCCCUUCUCUAGGGGAUCUUCCCAGCCCAGAGAUUGAACCCAGGUCUCCUACAUUGCAGGUGGAUUCUUUUCCAACUGAGCCACAAGGGAAGACUUUCACAUAUAAACUGUGAGGGGGGAAAUUCAUAUUUCUACUAGACAAAUUGAGGUACUGAAUAAGAUUUGUGCUAUUUCUCCACUGAAGUAACUUUUAGUUACUUUGAAGUAACUAUUAAUCCACUGAAGGUAACUUUUCUAAUGAAACAAAAAGUGCUUUUCUUAAAAACUAGAAAACUAGAUAUAAAUUUUGUUGUGUAGAACUGAGAAUUCUGGAGAAAACCAGUGGUCAGUACUUUUUUUAUUUGAAUUAUCUGAGACUACAUUUUCAAAAUGAAUUUUAGAUAGCUAUUUGGUGUUUUUAUCUUAUUAAAAGCAGUUUCAAAUUUGAUGCAGAUUGUUUUAAUAAGUUUCUAGAUAAUUGGAGAUGAGGGAAAUAUACUGAGUUUUGAAAAUUUUUGAUAAGCUUAAUACCUGUUAUGCACUUUUUAAAAAAUAAAAUCCUAAAGAAUUUUCUAAAUAGAAACUUAGUGCAUAGUAUAAAACACUUGACUUCUGAAUUUGGUACGUUAUAUUCAUAAAUAGUUAAAAAAUUAACCAGUUAUAAGUAGACAUUUGCGUUAUCAGAAAGCUAGUUUAUUAAACAUUUUAUAUUUGAGUUUUUUAUAAGUUUCAAGUUUGAAAUUUUUAUAGAUUAAACCAUAACAGUUGGUGGUGGCUGUAGUUUCACAGUAGUCCUUUUCCUUUCUAAUGAACUUAGAAAAUUCAAAUUUAUUCUGAUACUUAACUACCACUUGCCCCUUCCAUUUUCCCCACGUAUUGAUUUAAUCUCACUGCCUAGUCUUUGGACAUUAAAUUUUUAGUUCCACAAAGUCUGUUCCUAUACUGCUGAUCAAACACCAUGAUGACCUUAUUUCCUAUUUCUGCCAUGCAUUAGUUAUGGCUCAUUUGUUUUCUGCUUUUAAACUACACCUGUAAUAAAAUUAAUGUAUUUUCUAUUGGUAUUGAUUUCUUUAAUUGUAUUUUCUCUGGGGUCCUAGUCAUAGGAACCAACCAGAAGACUUAAUAAAACUAAAUUCUUGUAAACUGUACAGAUCAUCACCAUUUCACAGCACAGUCAGCAUUUUCACAAUAGCCACCAGUGGGACUGACUUAAAGUUUGAAAUACUGCCUUUGUACAAUGUACAUCAAACUUAGUAUUUAAUUUAUCUAAGAAAUCUAAUUAUUCAUAUGUAUUAAUUUAAUAUACAGGGUUUAAAUACAAUUUAUAAAGUUGUAAAAAUGUUCAACUAAUCUAUUCUGGCUUAAAUUCAAUAGGAAUUUAUUGGAAUGUGAAGAAAUUAAAGAAAAUUAAGACUCAGCCUUUUUAAGAAGUCUGCUGAAAUGGAGAGGCUAUAUUUAAUUCACAUCUUCAUUAAUCCAAGCAUCUAAUGAACAAAAUUUCUUUUUAAAAACUGCUACAGUGAUGUCAUAAUUCUGUAAGGGAAGUAGUUAUCAGAUUUCCUCUAACAUGAUGGUAAUUAGUAUUUUGUCUUUACAUAAAUUAGCCUUUCAAUUUAUUAUUUUUAGGAUUAAAGGAUUGGAGUGGCUAAGGUUGAUUUAUUGUGUUUUUCUUCAUCACAUUAUCUGCUUCUUAGCUAAAAUAAUUUUAUUUUAAAUUGCCAUGGCAUGACGCUCUUCCAGAAUGACUUGUAAAGAAAGUUUGAAGACUUGAGUUUUUGUCUUGUCAUUCUUCUUCUAAUGCUGUAUUAUUGUCAUAUGCAUAUAUUUUAGUUGUAUCUGCUAUCAUUGUAACACUCAUAAUUAUCAGUUAAGUUCAUCUUUAAAUAUAUUUGUUACAGUGCAGUGUUUUGGGAAAGGUCUAUUUCUAAAUUAUGUAAGUAUUACUAAGUUUUUUGAAAGUCUUUUUAGAAUGCUGAAGAUCUUGCUAAGAAAUUAUUUUCUAAAUUAAUUUUGUUUUGUAUUUGUAUUAGAUAAUUCCUUCUGUAUUGUUAGAUUUUAGGCUUUUUAAAAAGAAACCAUAGAUUAUAUAUAAAGGAUUUUUUGCUGGUAUUUGUUUUAUGUUUCAUUUCAUAGAAUGAUUUUGAUAGACAGAUUUUAGAAAAGUCUUUUAUUUUUUUCCAGAAGAAAAGGUCCUGUCAGUUCUGUUGCAACAGUAGUUUGUCACUUUUCUGUAUGUUUCAUGUCUACAGAAAUUGUACAAAUGAUAGUUGAAACGUGCUUAUAUAAAGACAGUUAAUCUACAUGUACUCAUUUUUUAAAAUAUCCUAGCACGAUUAACAUUUGAUACACAUCAAAAAUAUUUUAAAAACAGUGGUGUCCAAGCCCCACCACACCUUGGGCCCUUUGAAUCAGUCUCCAGAACAUGCUAGAAAAGCUCCAUAGGUGCUCUUAAUGCAUACCAAACAUAGAAAAUGAUUAUCCUAAUCACUUCUUGGUGUUCUUCCUUUCGGCUCUUGAUAUGUGGUAUGUAAGCAGUAUCGUGUUUUUUUUUUUUUUUUUUUGGCUGCACCCUUCAACUUAUGGGAUCUUAGUUCUGUGACUAAGGAUUGAACCUGGGCCCUCGGCAGUGAAAGUGUGGAGUCCUAACUGCUGGACUGCUAGGGAAGUUCCUAUAUUGUCUCUUGAUAAAUGAAGCUCUUAAUAUGACUUUCCACUUUUUACUCAGAUUUUGGAUCUUCGGAAUUUGGCUAGAAAUACCACCAAAUAAAUUGUAUUUUAAUGCCA